AUGAAGACUACUGUAUUAGCUACCCUUAUGGCCGCUGGCUGUGCCCAGGCGGAUCCUCUGUUCGUGCCAUUCUAUGGAACGAGUGCUAAUGGGUUCAACGCACCACCCCGGGGAUGGAAUACAUUUGGUCUGCAGGCCCUAGGAAACGAUUAUUUUACUCUCAACCAAGCCAAUGUCCAAAAACAAUGCGAUCUGCUCAAUGUGACUGCAGGAUAUACUCUCUGCAGCAUUGAUUCGGGAUGGUCUGGCAACGGAGGAGAUCCGUUCGGUCGCUUGGUCCCAGAUCCGUCGGUCUUCCCAAAUUUGACCGCGUUGGCAGACAAUCUACACUCGCAGGGAAAGCUACUAGGGGUCUACAUCUUACCGGGAGCGCUUUCAGCAGAUGCAAAUGUCACAGUCGAGGGCACGGAUAUCAAAUUAGGCUCUUUGUUUGAUUCAUCUCAACCGAGUUACAACCUCCGGCAGACUUUUGAUUUCAGCCUGGAUGGCGUUCAACAGUGGCAUAAUUCGGUCGUUAAUAACUUCGCAGCUAUGGGAAUCGACAUGAUCAAGAUCGAUUAUAUGACACCAGGGAGCCCUGAUGCCGGUGAAACCCUACCUGCAAACAACUCUCUGGCAGCAGUAGCAUAUCAUAAGGCCAUUCAACAAUCCGGUCGGCAGAUGCGCCUUGAUCUCUCCUGGAAACUAGACAGAGACGUGGGGGACUGGUAUCUCUGGCGCGGCAACGCCGACUCGCUGCGUCUGGAUCAAGAUAUUAACAAUUCCGGCCAAUCUACAUUGGUGUCCUUUGCCACGGUCCAGCGUGCAAUUGAACAGUACCGCGUUUUUAUCAACCAGCAGGAAGAGGACCCAACACGGCAAACGAUCCCGAUCAUGAUACGACCGGAUAUGGAUAACAUGUACACGGGAAAUGCUCAGAGCUUGACAGGGCUGUCAGACGUAGAGCGAUACUCGGUAGCCAUUCACUGGGUUGGUGCAGGUGCUAAUCUCAUCACGGGCGCGGACCUCACAGCAAUUGACUCCCUGGGUCAGACACUCCUGUAUGAUCCCGAGGUGCUCUCGGUGGCCGAAUUGACCGCCAAUUAUCCAAUGCAACCGAAAAAUCCGUUCAAUACGGCACAACCGGGCUCGCAGGCUUCAGAACAGCUGCAGGCUUGGAUUGCUGGUCCUGAUUCGCAGAAUCAAAACGCGGCGGUGGUCCUGACCAAUUAUGGACCGGAUCAGGGUCAAGGAGGGUUUGGAUCCAGCCUUCAAGGAGUGCAAUUGGUGAAUAUCUCCUUGUCGCUGCUGGGCAUUGCCGAUGGGCAGCCAAAUGGCGCGCCAGGGUGGAGUGUCCGACGGGUCUUGGGCGGAGGCGGCUCCGGCGGACCAGACCACUCCAAUCUGGGCGUGACCAACUCGUAUCUGGCAUCAAAUCUAGGACCCGGAGAGAGUGCACUGUACUAUUUGACGGCCGCUCAGUGA